AUGGCCAAGUGCCAAGGCCAGCGAACGAGGGCGCGCCUUUUCGGAGCAGCUGAGGGCUGCCACCACCACCCCGGGGCCCCGCUCACCCCGACGUCCUCCCAGCCUCCCUCCUUGUCCGUCGGGAGCGCCUUCUCGUCCUCCUCGCGCUUUUUGCCCGGCACGAUCUGGUCCUUCUCGCAGGCUCGCCGUCUCGGGCCGGGCCUGGAGACCACCUUGGUGCAAGGGCCCGGCGUCUCCUGGGUCCACCCGGACGGGGUCGGGGUGCAGAUAGACACCAUCACGCCCGAGAUCCGGGCUCUGUACAACGUCCUGGCCAAGGUGAAGAGGGAACGGGACGAGUACAAGCGCAGGUGGGAAGAGGAGUACACGCUGCGGGUUCAGCUGCAAGACCGAGUGACAGAGCUGAAUGAGGAGGCCCAGGAAGCCGAAGCGUGCCAGGAAGAGCUGGCCAUGAAGGUGGAGCAGCUCAAGGCAGAACUGGUUGUUUUCAAGGGGCUGAUGAGCAAUAAUCUUACUGAGCUGGACACCAAAAUCCAAGAGAAAGCCAUGAAAGUGGACAUGGACAUCUGUCGACGCAUCGAUAUCACCGCUAAGCUGUGUGACGUAGCCCAGCAGCGUAACUGUGAGGACAUGAUCAAAAUGUUUCAGAAGCAGUUGGUCCCAAGUUCAGUGGGGCGGAAGCGGGAGAGAAAGGUGGUCAGCGAUGAGGACACCUCCCUGUCUGAGAGUGAGGCCUCCAAAAAGCCAGAGGAGGAGGAGGAGGAAGACGAGACCACCGCUAUGAGCAUAAAUGAAGAGAUGCAAAGGAUGCUGAACCAGCUGAGGGAGUACGAUUUUGAAGACGACUGUGACAGCCUCACCUGGGAGGAGACGGAAGAGACACUACUGCUGUGGGAGGAUUUCUCCGGCUAUGCUAUUGCUGCGGCUGAGGCACAGGGGGAGCAGCCAGAUGAUAGUCUGGAGAAAGUGAUCAAGGACACAGAGUCGCUCUUCAAAAGCAGAGAGAAGGAAUAUCAGGAAACCAUUGACCAGAUUGAGCUGGAGCUAGCCACGGCCAAGAAUGACAUGAACCGUCACCUGCACGAGUACAUGGAGAUGUGUAGCAUGAAGCGAGGGCUGGAUGUGCAGAUGGAGACUUGUCGCCGACUGAUCACUCAGUCAGGAGACAGAAAAUCUCCUGCUUUCACUCCAGCACCGCCCAGUGAACCAGCCCCAAACGAGGAAACGGAGGAGUCCGAUCAUGACCUCCCAAGUGACGCCUCCAUAAGAUAAUAGGGGAGGCGGUGCCCCCUCUGCAUCUCCCUUCUCCUGGCCCAGGAGUGCGAGCGUGUGGUGGCGGGGGAGCCCAUGUCCUAGCCUUGGCCGUGAGGGACUGAAGGAGGCGAGGAGCCACGGUUAGGACACUGCCACCACUCCGUCUCUCCAUCCCUGGAGGGACUGGAGCCAGAUCAAGGUGCCCAUAGAAAACUGGUCUCCCUCUUCUGUUUCUUCCCAAUCGCCUCCUUUUCCUUCCCUUGGCUCCCCGAUCUCUCCCCCUCCUGCCCCGACCUCCAUACUUUUGGGGGAGCUUUAGUGGGGGAGGCUCCCACUGUACUGUAGCUGCUCCUUCCCAGAGUUUGCCUUACGAAGCCCCCGUCUCCUUUGCUGCCUCUCAGUAUCUAUGACUGUCUUCAUCAUGCUGCACGGAAGCAGAACUGGAUCCGUUUACCUCUGCAAAGCUGGAGCGUCCCUUGGUGGGAAGAAGGCCUGGUCUCUCUGCGGUCAUGCCUGCUCAUAAAAGCCCUCCUGGAAACUCCCCAAGCCCACGUCGUCGUACACAAUUGUGAGAGCCUCUCCGUGUUGGGGAUGAAGAGCAAGCCGCCACCUCCUCCACCCCAGCUCCACCUUUGCCUUUUGCUUCGUCGUGCGCCUGUGGGCACCAAAGUCCUAUGUGAUGUGCUGUGUCUGGAAAUAAGAACAUUAAAUGGAUAACCUCCUUUUCUACA